AAAAAAAGAAUUCAAUCAACUGAAUAACCACAAUUACUCUUCAAUAACCAAAUUCAACAAUUUAAACAAAUUAUCUUUUAAAUUUCAAUUGUUCUUCGUUAAUUUCGCUAAUCAACUAAUUGAGAAGUUCAAACAAAACGAUUUUCGCAACUCAAAUGAGAGAGAACAAAAAGUCACGUGGUUUUGAGAGACUAGUGUGGAGUCGAUACAACAUCAAGUCUACAGAAUCAUCUUCCCUUUUGUAUGUUACACAUCAACAUCAUUUUCCAGUGUGUCUUAAUUGUUACUCUAAAAGAACAAGCCAAAAGUGAAUCCUUGUUUACUUCAACUCUAGAAAAGGAAAUAUUUUUUUUUACUCUUUUUCCAUAUUCUCAUAUUUAUAUAUUUUAACAACAACAACAACUAUGGAUUCUACUGGUGCAACUAUUGAUGAAUUAACUGAAGCAGUUAAAUUUUUCUCGAUAAAACAAUUAGAUAAACAGGGUGGAGAUGAAACUCUGGCUGGUGAUGUCGAUGGUGAAUCGGUUUUAUUACCUGGACAGGAAGAGGGUACAAGGAAUAUAAUGGUGACCAGUGCUCUUCCAUAUGUAAACAAUGUUCCUCAUUUGGGUAAUAUUGUUGGUUCCGUUUUAUCGGCUGAUGUUUUUGCCCGUUACUGUAGAUUACGUGGUUAUCGUACAAUCUACAUUUGUGGUACCGAUGAAUAUGGUACCGCAACCGAAACCAAAGCUAUGGAGGAGAAAAUUUCUCCAUCUCAACUGUGUGAAAAAUAUUACAAAAUUCACAAGGAUGUUUAUGAUUGGUUUAACCUUAAAUUUGACCAUUUUGGUAGAACCUCAACUGACCAGCAAACUAAAAUUUGUCAUGACAUUUUCUGGUCAUUACAUAAGAAUGGUUACAUUUUUGAAGAGGAAACUGAACAACUUUACUGUGAUACCUGUGAAAGAUUUCUGGCUGAUCGGUUUGUUGAAGGUACUUGUCCUUUCUGUCAAUAUGAAGAUGCUCGAGGUGAUCAAUGUGAUAAAUGUGGUAAACUGAUGAAUGCUCCUGAUUUGAAAAAUUCCCGGUGUAAAAUUUGCUCAUCUAAUCCAGUUUUACGUUCAUCUCGGCAUUUAUUUCUUGAUUUACCAAAAAUUGAACCAUUAACAAAUGAAUGGUUUAAUAAAACAAUCGAGGAAAGCGGUAAAUGGACUCCGACCGCUAAAACGGUCGCCGGUACUUGGUUAAAAGAUGGACUUAAACCUCGAUGUAUCACUCGUGAUCUUAAAUGGGGUACACCAGUUCCAGUUGAAGGUUUUAAGGAUAAAGUUUUCUAUGUUUGGUUUGAUGCACCCAUUGGCUAUUUGUCGAUAGCCUCAAAUUAUACCAAAGAUUGGGACCAAUGGUGGAAGAACCCGAAGUCCGUUGAACUAUUCCAGUUUAUGGCCAAGGAUAAUGUCCCUUUUCAUGCGGUCAUUUUUCCUUCCUGUUUGAUUGGUACCAAAGAAAAUUAUACUAUUGUUAACCAUCUCAGUGGAAUUGAAUAUCUUAAUUAUGAAAAUAACAAAUUCUCAAAAAGUCGUGGUAUCGGUAUUUUUGGUAAUGAUGCUAAGGAAACUGGAAUCGAUUCGGAUAUUUGGAGAUUCUAUUUGAUGUACAUUCGGCCCGAAACUCAGGAUACAUCUUUCUCAUGGGUCGAUUUGAUGACUAAAAAUAACAGUGAAUUACUUAAUAAUCUUGGUAAUUUCAUUAAUCGGUCUCUCAUGUUUAUCAAUAAAAGUUUUGAUGGUAUUUUACCUGCUAUCGAAUUGGAUCAAUCAGAUAAAGAGUUAAUUGCCGCCAUCAAUCGGGAACUUAAAGUUUACAUUGAACUUUUAGAAUCAAUUAAACUAAGAGAUGGACUUAAACAGAUUCUUAACAUUGGAAGACUUGGAAAUCAACAUAUUCAAGUAAAUGCUCCUUGGAAACUUGUUAAAGGGUCGGAAGAAGAAAAGAAACGUGCUGGUUCCAUCAUGGCUCUUUGUGCAAAUAUUACCGCUUUAAUUGCUCUUCUUUUGGCUCCUUACACUCCAACGACUAGCGAAAAAUUGAAAGAUCAACUUAAUUUCAAGUGCAAAUUGUUGCAAUAUGAUCAUUUGAUUUGUUUCCUCAAAGAAGGACAUAAAAUUGGAGCUCCUUCACCUCUUUUCCGUAAAAUCGAACAGACUGAAAUCGAUGGAUUCAAGAAAAAAUAUGGCGGAGAAACUGAGCCCGUGAAACCAGCAAAAGGUGGCGGUAAAAAGAACGCCAAAUCGGACAAAAAGACCGCUGAGAAAAAGAAGGUCACUGAAAAGGUUGCCGUCGAUGGAAAGUCGGUUGUUGACAAGAAGCCUGAGAGCGAGAAUAAGCCUGUGAACGAAAAGCCUGUUGACGAAAAGGUUGUUGAUAAAUAAUGUUAGAAAAACAAAAGAAACAAUAAAUUAACUGCGAAUAAGAAA